ACGCGCGUAUUUUUAAACCGAUUAAAGAUUUUUUUAAUUUUCUCUCACGAAUGUGUAUAUAAAAGCAAUCUAUAUGGAGAAUAGAAAUACUUAUCGUAAAGCUUUGUUAACUACAUUACCGGCUAUAGAAACUUUACAGCGGAAUGUUCGUAAAACUCCUACAUAUCACGCAAGAAAGCCUAGGGAUAUACCAUUUCAUCUACCUCAUAAGAAACUAGUCGAAAGGAUUGAAUAUGUAGAAAAAGAAGCUGAGCCUUUGACUGGAUUUGCAGCUGCUCAGGAGGAAAGAUUCAAAAAAGAGAGAAAACCCGGGAAACUACAACUGGAGCCAAUCAAAUUAGACGAUGGUAGUAAAAAAAAGAAAGCUAUUACAAUACGAGAAUCGCGAAGCAGUUUCGAUGUCGGUAAACCCGAAGGAUCCACAGACCCUCUAAAGAUUAAACCAGUAGUCGCUUCACAGAAUGAAGUAAUAGAAAGAGUGAGAAAUGAUCCGACUGGUGGGUUUUUGUACAUGAUUUAUGCUGUCCAUCCACAGAACGUCUAUUUCACGCCAUAUUAUCUAAAUGUGGUUCCAUAUGAGGACAUAAACAAGAAGAACUAUUUCACCAUCAGCCCCUGCGGUGUGACACAUUACACUAACGAAAUGGUCUUCACAAAGCUUUCAGAUUGGGAACAAGAAUAUACCAUAUUCAUGAAAUUCACUGACAUAAAAUUCUUCCGUGUCUAUCGCUACUGGAAAGCGUUCUAUGUCUGGCGUAAGUCGAUAUUGUUUCGCAAGUACAGUAAAACGCGUUCGAGGAUUGCCAAAAAGCUGUUCAUUCUGACACCAGUACUGGGGAAAGGAUUGCUCAAUAUACAAGCUAUGUGCUGCGAUAUGUACACGAGAAGUUUCACCGAUCUCUCUAGGGAUAUGGAUACUGCCUUUUUCUACUUCAUAGAAGUCUUGAUGAAACGUGUCGAGUUCAUCCGAGCUAAGUUGCUCGAAUUUCGGUCUGUUGUAUUGGAAGUGGUCACAACCUCUUGCCACGCAGCGCUGUACCUUCAGGGAUUUACGUAUGACGAUCGAAAUGUGCCCCCCUACCAAGUCAUACGUGGUAAACCUACAGGUGGUAUGUCUUACACCGAGAAGGCGAAUAAGCGGAAAUACUGUGAAAGACUCGCUUGCUUUAUAAAGUUGGUGGAUUACAUGAAGAACUAUAUGCUGUAUCGUUUAACGAAGCGCUCUAACAUGCAAAUGGCAAAUAUGUUACGUACACACGUGCAGUUCACGCCGGCGCCAGAACUUCUGGCUGGGUUGGAAGUGGACGAAGUACUUGAAACUUGGCCUCGGCCAAUCGAUGUUUGCAAGUGGGCCCUAUUUCAAGUCGAUGCAUCCGUUCUCCCGUCGGGAGAGACCGAACUUAACCCCAGCGAAGAUGUAAUUUCUAGUUACCUGCAGAAAAUAACUGACUACUGGGAUGAAUACGUGCGAACCUUCCAUAACUAUCUAAACGACGAGACGUUGCAAAUAUUCGUGCAACCUUCGAUAAUGGGCAAACAAAUGGAAUGGACGGCCGGCGAAUCGCCUAAUCUCUACUUCUUGAUGAACCAAGACAAGGCAAUGCUGAGUGACAUUCAGUUCAUUUCGCAAGUACCGCACGAUGCUUAUGAAAAAGUGUGGACUUUCUUACAGCGUAUGAGACGUUUCAUGGACAAUUUCAGAGAAGCCCACGAGAUCGAUGUUAAUAUUAUUAAAGAUGAAAGGGAUGUGAACGCAUUCAGAAAGUUGUGCUCGGAACUUGUGAAGCAAAUGGAAGAUAUUGAAGACGUUGUCAGCUUUCAACCUUUAGGAUUGAUAUUCUUGAACCUCAGUCCUUUUCAAGAACUGUUCAGGCCCCAACCGAGGAGAUUGUUUGAAGUUGUUAACAGUACCACGCCUGAUAUCGGUCACGAUUGUAUCGAAGAAAUACUGGAAGGGAUCGAGUCGAUAAAUAACGAUAUAACAAAAGAACCUGAAAGCGCAGGUGAACUAGUAGCGUUCAAUUCCUUGUUGGAUGGUCUCGAAGGAAGAGUGGCCCACCUUGAAGAACGUCUUGAGUAUUUGCGUGAACUAUACGAUCUGAUGGGUGAAUUCAAUAUAGGCAUUCCACCCGACGAUAUGAACGAAUUCUUAGGUCUAAGCGUGAUUCUGGGCACACUGCGUACGAACGUUGACGCUCGCUUGGAGACUCGCGGCAAGUUGGCCGGCAUGUUCGCAAGUCAAAUCGGCAAGGACAUAAUGGAUUUGAUUCUUGACAUCAACAAACUGAGAGACGAAAUCGCGCAACCAUGGCUGUACGAUGAGAAGUCUGACAUGGAAAAAGUCUUGGAAAUAUUAAACGAUCUAAUGGAGAAACUCCAGGGUUACUCCGCAAGGGAUAAGCAGAUACGCGAAUGGCAGAAAAUAUUUAAGAUACCGCCAGCAAGGCUCGAGAUGCUCGACGAAGCUAUAAAUGACGUCAAGUUGAGACAAAUGCUAUGGAAAUCUUCUAAAGAAUGGAUGGAAUUAUAUCAAACAUGGUAUGAAGUGCCGUUUAAUACUUUGGACAUAGACGAGAUACAGGCGACAACCAUAAAUUACGGAAAGAUUUUUAACCAGCUCGAUAAGGGUCUGCCGCCGAACAAGAUUCUGCCUGGUUGUAAGGAAACAAUCAAUGUCAUCAAGGAAAAGUUACCUGUGAUGUCAUAUCUACGUAACCCAGCGCUGAAACCUCGGCACUGGGUGAAGAUUGAAGAGAUUCUUCGCACGCGUAUCACGCCAGACAUGGUGGUGACUCUGAAGAUGCUUGAAGAUUUACAAGCGUUCCAGCACGCCGAAGAGCUAAUGGAAGUGGCUGGACAAGCCAGCUCGGAGGCUGGCCUUGAAGCUUUGCUAAAGAAGGUUGAAGAGAUAUGGGCGACUUUAGAGUUCCCUGUAAUACUACACAAAGAUGCUCGUGAUGUUUACGUGUUGGGUGGACUAGACGAGAUACAAGCUGCGGUUGACGAAAGCAACAUUCACGUCAGCACGAUACUGAGUUCCCGAAACUGUGGUCCUAUACGCAGUCGUGUCGAGGAAUGGGCCAAGAACCUCGAAUUGUUCGCGCGAACUGUGGAUGAAUGGUAUACGUGUCAGCAGACAUGGAUCUAUCUUGAAGUGAUUUUCUCAGCACCGGACAUUCAACGUCAACUACCCAACGAGACCAGAUUGUUUACCAUUGUUGACAAAUCGUGGAAGGACAUCAUGCGUAAAUUGGCCAAGGUGCCCUUGGCAAUGCCAGCAGCGACGCAACCAAAGUUGUAUGAAGAGUUUGUUCGCAAUAAUGAAAUGCUCGAUCAGAUUAUGAAAUGCUUGGAAGCGUAUUUGGAAACGAAACGCGUCGCUUUCCCGCGAUUUUUCUUCCUUUCCAACGAUGAACUACUUGAAAUUUUGGCACAGACACGAAACCCGCACGCCGUCCAGCCCCAUUUACGAAAAUGUUUCGACGCGAUCGCAAAACUCGAAUUCGGUGUCAAACUUCCUGAAAGCGAAAUGGAAAUUACCGAAGAUGGCACCCUCGUCGAACGGGAGAUGUCUUUUGCCACCAGAGAUGCUUUGCAAGCCCGUUUAGCGAAGACUGCGAAACCGGAGGACUUGACAACUGAUAUCAUUGCUAUGCUGUCGCCUGAAGGAGAGAGGGUUAAUUUGGGCAAGGGUCUAAAAGCUCGAGGCAAUGUAGAAGAUUGGCUGGGCAAAGUGGAAGAGGCAAUGUUUGCUUCAGUGAAACGUUGUAUGAAAUACGCUUUGCGAGACUACAUGCAGCGCGCACGUGUUGAUUGGGUCACUCUACACCCCAACCAGGUAGUCCUUGCAGUAUCUCAAAUGAUGUGGGCGAAAGGUGUUCACGAAAUAUUUGAUCUGGAGAUCCCACUGCGCAUUGAUACAGGACUAUUGAAUUAUGAGAAAAAAUGUAUAACUGACCUGAACGAUCUCGCUGCGCUUACGAGGAAGGAUUUGACCUCCUUGUUCCGAAAAGUACUGUGCGCUCUGAUAACGGUCGAUGUUCAUGCCAGAGACACUAUAUCGCAAAUGGUAGAUAAACAUGUUCAGAAAGCCGUGGAUUUUGAAUGGCUCAAAAUGAUUCGCUAUUAUUGGGAGGAAGAUAUUGAUAACUGCGUGGCUCGUAUGUCUAGCUCUAUGUAUAUUUAUGGCCACGAAUAUUUGGGAGCUGGAGGUGUGCUAGUCAUAACGCCUUUAACGGAUCGUUGCUAUCUCUGUCUGAUGGGAGCUUUACAAUUGGACCUUGGGGGCGCCCCGGCUGGUCCUGCGGGAACCGGGAAGACCGAAACCACGAAAGACCUUGCUAAGGCGCUCGCCAUACAAUGCGUGGUGUUCAACUGCUCAGAAGGUUUGGAUUACAAAAUGAUGGGACGAUUCUUUUCCGGAUUGGCCACCUCGGGCGCAUGGUGUUGUUUCGAUGAGUUUAAUCGCAUUGACAUCGAGGUGCUUUCUGUGAUCGCUCAGCAACUUAUUACAAUCAGGAAUGCCAAGGUUGCUAAGCAGUCCCGUUUCAUGUUUGAAGGGCGUGAAAUCAAACUUGUGCGGACAUGUGCAGCUUUCAUUACUAUGAACCCCGGUUAUGCGGGCCGAACUGAGUUGCCGGACAAUCUGAAAGCACUUUUCCGUCCCAUUUCUAUGAUGGUACCCGAUUAUGCUUUGAUUGCGGAAGUGAUCCUGUACUCGGAAGGCUUCGAAUCCUCAAAAGGACUUGCUAAGAAGAUGGUCCAAAUGUACAAGUUGUCCAGUGAACAAUUAUCCAAACAAGAUCACUAUGACUUUGGGAUGAGGGCCGUCAAAAGUGUGCUCGUUAUGGCCGGGGCUCUAAAACGUGCGAGUCCGGACCAACACGAAGAAAAGACACUGUUAUGCGCACUAAACGACAGUAACUUGCCCAAGUUCCUGGCUGCGGAUGCCAUACUCUUUGCUGGCAUCCUCUCAGAUUUGUUUCCGGGCGUCGAUCUGCCAGUACGAGAUUAUGGUAUCAUGGUGGAUGCUAUCCAGGAGAUAUUACUGGAAAGAAAACUACAAAUAAUGGAUUGUCAAAUACGUAAAGUGAUUCAGCUGCACGAGACGAUGAUUGUCCGGUGGGGAGUGAUGCUUGUGGGACCAACUGGAGGUGGCAAAACCGUGGUCUUACAUGUAUUAGGAGACACAUAUACUCGUCUGUACGAGAAAGAAGUGCCAGGUCCUCAGUACCAGGUCGUACACAAAUACAUCAUGAAUCCCAAAAGCCUCAGCAUAGGAGAGUUGUAUGGUGAAGUAAACUUACAAACCCUAGAGUGGCACGACGGUAUACUGCCGUUAUCUCUCAGGACCGCUGUUCAGUGUGAAACAGCAGACCACCAGUGGUUAAUCUGCGAUGGUCCGGUAGACGCUGUAUGGAUCGAGAAUAUGAACACAGUGCUUGACGAUAACAAGAUGCUGUGUCUCUCAAACUCCGAGCGCAUAAAGCUUACUCCCUACGUGCAUAUGGUCUUUGAGGUUGCUGACUUGGCUCAAGCAUCACCAGCUACGGUUUCCCGAUGCGGGAUGGUGUAUAUUGACCCGAAUGAACUGGGCUACCUGCCGUAUGUGCGGUCUUGGCUCAACGAAGCGGUGGAGAAAAAUCUGUUCACCCAAGAGAAUUGGGAAUUUAUCUACGAGCUGUUUAAGAUGCUAGAAGUCGGAAUUGUGCAUGUCAAUGCAAAGUGUAGUGUUGGUAUUAAACAGGUGGAUAUAAGCAAGGUGGCUGCCCUGUGCAGCCUGCUAGGUGCUUUACUGUCAGAGCAAGGUGACCGUUUCGCUGACAAAGCGGCCGUCAAAGUGUACAUCGCCCACUGUUUCAUCUUUUGCUAUGUUUGGAGUAUCGGUGGCAACAUCCUUGAGAUGAACCGUAAACCCUUUGAGGAGCUCAUCAAGAGGCAGUUCGAGACUUUUGAGGAAGCAGAAUUCUAUCCGCAAGGCUUCAAUUUCUUCGACAUGUUUAUGGACACAAAGCAGCGCAAGCUGAAAGUGUGGGCGGAGAUCAUACCGCAAUUUAUAUACGAUUGCAAUAGGCCCUUCUUCGAAACUCUCGUGCCAACUAUUGACACCGUCCGCUAUGGAUACCUCUUUGAAAAACUUCUUUCUGUUGGAAAACCUGUCAUGUUCACCGGAAAUACUGGUGUUGGGAAAACAUGCAUUGCUGCCGAAAUUUUAAAGAAAAUGUCAUCAGCGGGCGUAUUUAUUCCUGUCAUACUAAACUUUUCUGCGCAAACCAGUAGUCCUCGUACACAGGAAGUGAUAGAGUUACGUCUUGAUAAAAGGCCUAGAAAAGCAAUAGGCGCACCACUUGGGAAGAAAGUCAUAAUUUUCAUAGAUGACGUUAAUAUGCCACGCCUCGAUGUAUACGGAGCCCAGCCUACUAUCGAGUUGCUUCGGCAAUUCCUCGAUUUUGGUGGUCUUUAUGAUCGCGACAAGCUAUAUUGGAAGGAGAUUUUAGACGUCGUGUUAUCCUGCGCAUGUGCUCCGCCCGGAGGUGGACGUAACCCGCUAACUGCACGUUUUGUUCGCCAUUUUGCUAUGUUCUACAUUUCAGCACCUAAUUCUGAUGCUAUGAAGACUAUAUUUAAGGCAAUCCUAUCCGGACACAUGGAAGACUUCGUGACCGAAGUGUCCGUUUUGGGUGAGCCAAUAGUUAACGCGGCAGUAGAGGUUUACUUAAAGAUUUGCGCGGAGCUGCUACCGACGCCCACGAAGUCUCACUACGUGUUCAACUUGAGGGAUCUAUCCAAGUCUAUGCAAGGGGUGUUACAGGCUAAUGCCGCCUACAUGCGUGCUCCACAAGGCAUGUUGAGAUUGUUCUAUCACGAAUGCCUUCGAGUUUUCCAUGAUCGUUUAAUCAAUAUAGAAGAUAAGAGCUACUUCUACCAUCUGAUGAGUACUGUGUGCCAAAAGAACUUCCAGCAACCCAUCCUAGAUAUUCCGGACACGCCAAUCAUUGAACAACCUCCGCUCCUACUCUUCGGUGAUUUCAUGAACUCCGCAAUUCCUAAAGAAAAUAGGCAGUACCAAGAAAUACCAGAUAUUGAAAAGCUUAUGAUAGUUUUAAAGGAAUACCUAGAAGAGUACAAUUCCAUGGCACGUACUGAGAUGCAUCUGGUACUCUUCCGUGACGCGGUGGAGCAUGUGGUUCGUGUGGCGCGCGUGUUCCGUGCGGAAAGGGGACACUGCCUCAUGGUCGGUCCCGGCGGCUCCGGCAGAAGAUCCGUUGCCACGCUUGCUGGACACGUGAAUGAAUGCAAAUGUAUGGGCAUGGAGAUAAAACGCAACUACGAUACGCCGGAAUUCCACGAUGACUUACGCGGCAUGUACAUGCGCGCGGGCGUUGCGGGCGAGGAUACCGUGUUCCUCUUCACCGAUACGCAGAUCACCAAGGAGGAGUUCCUGGAGGACAUAAAUAAUAUGCUCAACUCAGGUGAAGUACCAAAUCUGUUCGAGGGAGACUCGUAUGAGCAAGUGCAGACGGGUUGUCGUGGUGAGGCAGCUAAAGCAGGUGUUAAUCCGGGUGACCGCGAUGCAGUCUACUAUUACUUCAUCAACCGAGUAAGGGGCAAACUGCAUCUGUGCAUUUGUAUGAGCCCGGUUGGCGAAGCGUUCAGACGAAGAUGCCGUAUGUUUCCAUCUCUUGUCAAUUGCUGCACCAUCGAUUGGUUCACCAAAUGGCCACCAGAGGCUUUGCGAUCAGUGGCCCAUCAGUGUUUACAACCACUAGAAAACGUCGAUAUAAUAGAAAAAAUAUCCACCGUCGCUGUUUCUAUGCAUGAGGACGUGGAUAUAAUGACGAGCCGGCUGUACGACGAGAUGCGUCGCUACUUCUACACUACACCGAGCAGUUACCUCGACUUACUAAAGCUCUACCUAACUUUGCUCGACAAGAAACAGCAGGAGAUAUUGCGCGGUCGCGACAGGAUUUCUUGUGGCUUGCAGAAACUGUAUGAAACGUACCAAGUUGUGGGUGUUAUGGAACAGCAAGUGCGUGAUAUGGAACCGAUUCUCGCCAAAAAGGCAGCAGAGGGUAAAGCUCUCGUGGCCCGACUCAAAGUAGAACAAGCGGCAGCAGAUGAAGUAAAGAAGGCCGUUUUGAAAGAUGAAGCCGAAGCCAAGAUAAAAGCGGAAGAAGUAAAACAAAUAGCAGACGAAGCUAAAGCGGAUCUAGCAAUGGCCAUGCCAGCAAUGGAUGCAGCUCGAAAUGCGCUUAAAGCACUGAACAAGGCUGAUAUCAAUGAGCUUAAAGCUUUUCAGAAGCCGCCGCCCCUUGUACGCUUUGUCAUGGAACCCGUUUGUAUACUGCUUGGUGCUAAGCCUGAUUGGGAUUCAACAAAAAAGUUAUUGGCUGACGUGAACUUUAUCCGCAACUUGGAAGAAUACGACAAAGAUCAUAUUCCAGAUGCUACGCUCAAAAAAAUAAAAGUUUAUCUAACUCAUAAGGAUUUUAACCCUGACACAGUUGCCAAAGUUUCUAAGGUGUGCCGAUCUAUGGUCUUAUGGGUGCAAGCUAUUGACAUGUAUUCAAAAGUGUUUAAAGUAGUGGAGCCGAAAAUUAUCGCACAUAAAGAAGCGGCUGCUGUGUUAAAAAGCGUGAUGGCGGUGCUUCGUGCAAAACAAAAGGAGGUUGAAAAUAUAGAAGCCCAGUUAGCGAAAAUGAUGGAUGAACUCAGGUUAGUGGAAGAAGAGCGUAUCAAAUUGCAAGCGGAUGUGGACUUGGCAGCGGCCCGAUUGAUGCGAGCCGGUAAGCUCACUCAGGCUCUAGCUGAUGAGAAAACGCGCUGGGAGGAAAGUGUCAAGGUGGCAACAUACAAGCUAAAAUGUACCACUGGGGAUAUUAUAAUUGCAUCAGGCUGCAUUGCAUACUUUGGUGCGUUCCCUUCGAACUACCGCCGUGAGCUCGAGCAUAAGUGGGUUCAACAAUGCCGAGAGCUUGAAAUUCCUUCCUCCGAUACCUUUGAUUUGAUAACGAUAAUGGCGGAUUCAUAUACUGUGCGCACUUGGAACGCGCAGGGCCUACCUAGAGAUGCUGUUUCGACUGAAAAUGGAAUUCUCGUGACACGUGCAGGAAGAUGGCCGCUGACGAUCGAUCCUCAAGAGCAAGCAAACAGAUGGGUCAAAAAUAUGGAGCGGGAGCAAGGUCUACAGAUCACUAAACUUAGCGAUCCGGGGUACCUUCGAAUGUUAGAGAAUUGUAUACGUCUUGGUUGGCCAAUGCUGAUUGAGGACUUAGGAGAGGCAUUGGAUGCGACACUUUCGCCGGUGCUUCUCAAGCAGACCUUUCUUCAGGCUGGUCGGUUGCUUAUCCAUCUUGGCGAUAGCGAUAUCGAGUACGAUACGAACUUCCGUCUUUACCUUACCACAAAGUUGGCCAACCCUCACUACUUACCCGAGAUCUGCAUUCAAGUCACACUUGUGAAUUUCACGGUCACUCUAUCCGGCCUUGAGGAUCAGUUACUAGCGGAUGUGGUUCGUCUAGAAAGGCCCGAUUUAGAACUUCUGCGUUCAGAACUAAUCGUGCGCAUUAACACGGACAAAGCCACCCUUCUCGAGAUUGAGGAUAAAAUUCUCCGUUUGUUAUAUGCUUCUUCAGGGAAUAUUCUAGACGACGAAGAACUUAUUGAGACACUGAAUGAGAGUAAGGAAACGUCUGAAAUAAUCAACGCGCGAUUGUUAGAAACGGAAGCGACAGAAAUUAAUAUAUCAGCAGCGCGAGAGAAGUAUCGCACUGUGGCUACCCGGGGAGCUGUGCUUUACUUUGCCGUGGCGCAGCUCGCUGACAUCGACCCGAUGUACCAGUUCUCGCUGAAAUACUUCAACCAGAUAUUCAACAUAGUGAUCGAAAAGAGUGAGAAAUGCGACAUCCUCGAUCGUCGCUUGGAGAUAUUGCAUGAUGAGAUCACCCUGUCCGUCUACCGGAAUGUUUCGCGUGGACUAUUCGAACGUCACAAGCUAGUGUUCAGUUUCCUACUCAAUAUGGCGGUUUUCCUGCACGCUGGUCGAGUGCAAGCGCACCAGUGGAACUUUGUGCUUAGAGGAGCUACUGGCACCAAAGUGGUGCCCCCAAAGAAACCAAAUAUAGAGACCCUCACGGAUCAAAUGUGGUUAGCAAUAAACCAUUUACAAGAAACGGAUCCUAGUUUCGCAGAACUUACUGGAGACUGUCUUCGGAAAAUCAGGAUUCAACUGGGCACUUUUAUUUUGGACAUUCAUAUUGACAAAAAGGACGCAAAGCCCCCAAAAAUAGACUGGAACGCUCAUCUGAAUGACUUUGAAAAGCUGAUGAUAAUAAAAUGCCUGAAAGAAGAGAAGCUCGUGUUUGCCAUCGCGCAGUACGUCUCUAUCAGUCUAGGAGCUGUAUUCAUUGAAAGCCCUACAGUGCAGCUUAAUACCCUCUAUGCUGAUACAGCGUCCUCCAUACCUCUAGUGUUCGUACUGAGUACUGGCUCGGAUCCUUUCGGUGCUUUCCAAAAAUUUGCCACCGAGAUGGGCAUGAGAGAACGGGUGCACUCAAUCUCUUUAGGACAAGGCCAAGGCCCCGUCGCUGAAAAAAUGAUUACUAACGCUAAGCCCAAAGGCGACUGGGUCUUUCUGCAGAAUUGCCAUUUAGCGGCAUCAUGGAUGUUAAAUCUUGAAGUAAUAGUGGCCAAUUUGGGAAGCGAAGGCCCAGGCCUCAACCCAGACUUUCGUCUGUAUCUCAGUUCAAUGCCCACGCCGAAGUUUCCCGUCUCGGUGCUCCAAAACUCGGUCAAAGUCACCAACGAGCCCCCUAAAGGUCUAAAGGCUAACGUCAAGAGAGCUCUUGUAGAAAUGGAAGAGGACUUCUUUGAAAAUCAUGUAUUGGAGCAAGAUUGGCGGACAAUGUUGUUCGGAAUAUGUAUGUUCCACGCAAUCAUACAGGAGCGCAAGAAGUUUGGUCCCCUGGGCUGGAAUAUCACAUACGAGUUCAACAACAGUGACAGAGAAUGUGCCAUGUUGAAUCUGCAAAUGUUCUGCGAAUCUGGCCAUAUCCCUUGGGAUGCUCUUGAGUACAUAACCAGUCAAAUAACGUAUGGUGGUCGAGUGACUGAUAUGUGGGACCAACGGUGUUUGACCACAAUUCUCAAACAGUUCUUCUCGCCUCCCACUCUCGAAGAAACUUACACGUAUUCCGCCUCCGGCAUUUAUUAUUGCCCACGUUUGGACAAGCUGGCCGCAGUUCGUGAUUAUUGUGACACGUUGCCCGUCAUAGAGGAUCCUGAAGUUUUCGGAAUGCACGAGAAUGCUAAUAUCGCCUACGAGAAUAAAGAAACGAACACUCUGAUUCGUACAAUAGUGGACGUGCAGCCCCGAUCCGGCGGCGGCGGAGAGGGGGAUACUCCGGAUCAGAUCGUGUGGAGGAUCUGCGAUCAAACACGUGCCGCUAUCGCCAAGAGCGUGGACAAGUCGCUAGUGAACCCUGCACUGAUGGUGCCGGACGACAUGGGGCAACUGCACUCCCUCACCACGGUGCUGCUGCACGAAACCGACAGGUUCAACACGCUGCUCGCCCUCAUACACAGCUCGCUCAAUGAAUUGCAGAAGGCCAUUAAGGGUGUAGUGGUGAUGUCGGAGGCCUACGAGGCGGUGUACAACGCCUUCAUCAACAACAAUGUGCCGGACAUGUGGCAUCGCAAGGGUUACAACUCGCUCAAGUCGCUGGGCAGCUGGAUACACGACCUCACCUUAAGACUUGACUUCAUCGAGAAAUGGUUAAUAGAUGGAGCGGCGCCUAGCAGUUGGGUGUCAGGGCUGUUCUUCCCUCAAGGAUUGCUCACUGGCGCCCUGCAAGCUUACGCACGCCGCUACAGAGUGCCCAUAGAUGCGCUAAUGUUCGACUUCGAGCCUAUCAACUUCUUUCUGGCACAAGAGGACGUCUUUAAACACAGCAAACAGAAGAAAACCAAGGAAGAACCCACUGACAUGGUCGUGUUUGGUCCAUUGGAAAAACCGGAAGAUGGUGUCAACAUACACGGGCUAUUCAUCGAUGCAGGCCGCUGGGACCCACAGCAAAACCUACUCGUCGAUGCACUACCAGGUCAAAUGAACCCACCGCUUCCGGUCGUGUGGUUCAAGCCAGUGCUGUCGCUGCCCAAACCCGACUCGCGCUACGAAGCCCCUCUGUACAAGACAUCGGAGCGGGCCGGCACACUGUCCACCACGGGCCACAGUACCAACUUCGUCCUGCCUGUUCUGUUGCCCUCCAACAUGCAUUCAGAGUUCUGGAUCAUCCGUGGCACGGCCCUUCUAACCCAAAUUACUGAUUAAGGCCUACGCAGCCUAUGAUACGUAGCAGUAAAAUGAUAGCCUACGCAGGCGAGUGACUUUUGUACGCGGAAAGACAAAAUCCUAAGACUUGGCAUGGCUCAACGCACA